UGUGACUCAUGUGGAUGCUCCCUCGGUGGAAACAGGGACGAAAUGGAUCAGCAGUCGUAACGGCGCGGAAGCACAGACCAACCGUUCAUUGAGUUUUCCAGUGGUAGCAUGGCAGCAGCAUUCCUAGAUGAUAAGGAUGCAAACUCUCUCCUCAAGCGUUUUCCACGGGCCAAUGGCUUCCUGGAGGAGUUUCGGCAGGGCAACAUCGAGAGGGAGUGUGUGGAAGAGAGCUGCAGUUUUGAGGAGGCCAAUGAGGUGUUUGAGAACAAGGAAAAAACAAUGGAGUUUUGGAAGACGCGCAGUGUCUACACGGUGAACAGCAAUGCCGAAUCGCGCUCGGAGCGGGCGGACACUGUGUACAUGGUGGUGCCGCUGCUCGGUGUGGCCCUCCUCAUCAUCAUCGCGCUCUUCCUCAUCUGGCGCUGCCAGCUGCAGAAGGCCACGCGCCGGCGCCCGGCCUAUACACAGAACCGCUACCUGGCCAACCGCAAUGCCCGCAGCCUUCCCAGAAUCCUCGUGCACCGCGAUGGUCCCUCCCACACAGACAGCUCCCAUGAUAGGCCCAGUGUGGUGGUCAGUGGCGGAGGCAGCGGAGAAAGAGGGGGUGGAGCCACAGCCACCCAGGACACCUCCAAUCAUGCUAGUCAAGCUCCAAACGGCCGUGGGCUCUACGUCCAGGAUUCGUCUGUGUCUGUGGCUUCACGUCUGUCUGGGGCCACUCCUCCUCCUUCCUACGAGGAAGUGACAGGCCACUUGGAGAGCAGCAGCGAUGAGACCACGGCUCCUUACAGUGACCCACCGCCCAAAUAUGAGGAGAUAGUUAAAGAAAAGUGAGCAUAGAAGAGACUCAAAACUGCCAGUCACGGUCAGUUUGGGGAAGCACUUGAUCCUGAGCGCUCGUUUCAAUGCGUAUCUUGCUCAGACUAGCUAGCCAGCUGCUAGCUGCGUUUUUAACCUCUUGAGUUGCCCCUGGGCUGCUGCCCAAAGUUGUUAAUGGAUGUGUGGGCUGCACUACUACCAAAUGUGGUCAUCUUCGUGAAGUUGUAUCCCUGAAGUCAAAUCUUCUGAAGACCAGGCCUGCUUUGUGGACGGGACUCCUCACUGUUCUUUCUCACAAUCUUCCAGAACCUUAUCUGCCAUCUCCACACUGCUUCACCCUUGCACCAUACCCAUUGCUUUUGGCUUCAGUCCUCAGAAAGGGAUAACUGUAGAGGGAAGUGAGGGAAUAUUCUGUGAACUGCAGAAACAACCUGGUGGCUGGUCACCUGAAUCUUUUUGAAAACAUGUGGAACAGUGUAAAGAUAAUGUCUAAAGAGGUUUCAGAUCACUGUGUGCCAUCUCAUUGACUAGGCUUGGUCCACUGGGGAAGUGUUAUGAACUCCUCUAACACCAAUAUAGUCCCUCAGACCACAUAUCCUUAAAAUUAGUACAACACCGUUAUAUCAGAGUGAGCAGAAGGAAAGUAAUAGAGCGACUCCAAAUGACCUUAAAGUAAUAUGCAAAUAAUAAGGCACACAGACGAUCCAGCAAUGGCGUAUGCAAAAUGCUAUCAAAUGAAAAAUAUUGAUGGCUAGAAACACAUGCAAGCAGAAAGGACUGGCAGAGCGUGAGCGCUUUGCUGCACAUUUUUAUUCAGCACACAUUAGUCCUCUCUCCGCCUGAAUACGAAAUUCGACACAGGCCUUAAUCACAUGUAACGAUCAAUAGUCACUCAGUCUGUCUCUCUAUUCAGCAGUAUUGCUGCCAGCAAUUUCACCUAUCUUCCAAGAUUCUUUCCUUCCCUUUCCGAGACACUACACAAAAACUCAUAACCCACUGAGAGCACAAUUACUGGGCAAUGUAACAUUCCAGACCCCGAAUGACCCCCCCGUUCUCCUCCUCUCUUUUUUGUUUCCCCUCCGCUCUCUGACUGUUUACAGCUUUUGUUACUCUUUUUUACAAUGGCAUAAAAAAACAAACUGUGUGAAUUUGUAUAAAGCAUUAUGUGGCUUUUCAACCUCACCGGGUGCUAUACUGUAGUAUAUAAUGCUGCUUGUCCUCACGUUGUGUCGUUGCUCACACACUGUCUGCGACUUGGCUCUAACGAGUCGGCCAAACUGCCCAUCCGUUAUUAUGCGCCUGAACAGUGUUUUCCAGCUCAGGUUUAAGCCAAUGAACUGCCGCCUUUUACAGUAAAUAUGUAAAUAAUCUCUCACUGCCAGCCAAUGGGGGAAAUGUGGGGUUGUGGGGUGAAGCAUUAAAUGCUGUGCUGAAAAUCAGCACUGCAGUAGAGCCACGUGUACGAAGGUGUUCCUCAGCGUUUAGGAGUAGCAGAAGAUACACACUAAAGCUAGCACAGUCCUCUACCAUGCGAAUAUAAGUAUUACAGUGGAUUCAGAGGCAGUGCUGCAGAGCUAACAUCAAGAUGUUGUAACUAGCAGAAGAUACGCGCCAAAGCUAAUAUAGCCUGAAAAUGUUUGUGCGGAACACGCUACCACGUGAAUAAAAGUAUUGUAACGGAUCCAGCGGCAAAGCUGACGUCAAGAUGAUGUAGCAUUUCAUGCUAAUCCCUGUAGGUCCAUCCCAGUGACUCAAAUGGUGGCUUAAACCUUUAGCUUGAUGGUUAGCUUUGCUUGGAGCACUUGGGCUGGACUCCAAAUCCAAAGAUUCUAUUUAUAAUACCCUUGAAAAAGUUUAAUAAGAAGGAUCUGUAAACUAGCUGAAAGUGGCAACAAGCGCAAGAGGAUGAAACUGGCUGGAUACACAAGGCUUGACUUUGCUUAGCCUGUGAAGGUUGAGCAGUAGCAUAAACGACUUUGCCACCUCUCGCUUGUCUUUAGGCACGAAGUAAGGAACAGUUCUGCUGCUGUAAGGACACUGCCGCUUGGAUUGAGCCUCCGAUCUUGUCACCUGAGCCUCUGAAAUGAUUGAUGAAGAAUGGCCGUGGCUGAACAAACUUUACACUGACAAAGCACCAAGCCCUAGAGGCCAUGUUGACUGCCUCGAUGGUUGAAAUUUGCUGAUCUAAGAUCAAUUUGUGGCUUCUUUGUUGGAGGAUUGAUGAGUGAAUGGAUGCAGACAACUGACCUUGGAACUGACGUUAAUGGCAACACGGGGUGUGGAUAAGUUGGAAGAUUAUUAAGGCUGAAGGAAGAGAUGUAGGGUUGUGAAUAAAGUGCUACACAUAGGCUUCUAAUGUAACACCAUUGUGCGUGUUGUCUGUAACCGGCUUGGUGUUUGUUGGAUGAGAAUGGUUGUGCGAGUGAAUGUGCUAGUGCGUGUGUUUCUUUAUUGCCACUUACCUACCUACCUAGAAUGUGCCACCAGAGCCACACGUUUCCUUUCACACGUUAAACAUGUUGUUUGUCAUGGAUCAAAUGGCAGAACUUGCGUGCACCUUUGUUCUCCUGCUCAGCCUAAAUUGCAUGAUGGAUAUUUUUUGUUUUCAUUUAUAUUAAUGUCUUAUUUUUCAAGACUUCAAAUUAUGUCUACAUUUUUACUGAAGCUCUAUAUAUCUUGUAUCUUAAUGUGCUGGUUACACCUAUUUAAACACUUUUUUAAUCAGUGUAAGCGCUGUUGAAAUUGUAAUACGUAUUUAUGUAAUAUGAAAAAGAAAUUGUACAAUUGUGUAUGCGUGAACUUGUAUAAAAUAUAUCACCCGUCAUAUUUUGUCAUCCAUUCCACAUAGACGAACUAUUUUUGCAUAUCUGUGUAUUAAGACAACUUAUAAUUAAGGAUAUAGCGCUCACCAGCCGAUGCAUGAAUAUUCUUUUCUUUAUCUUUUGAAUAGCUUUAGCUUACUUGCAUAAGUUAAACCUAAUCAUUUCUGUGCUAACACAGACUGCUUCACAUACAGAGGGCUUAUGAUAGCAUUAGCUGGUCAAUGAAGAAGCUCAUCCAAAGAAAACGGAGACGAUCACCAUAAUCGCCAUAAGGCGUUGUUUUGCUUUUACCAAUUUUGGUGACUUGAAAAACAGAAAAUUGUUGGAGUCUUCCCUACAUCUCUCUCUCUUUCUCUCUUCCUCUCUUUCUCUGUUGCUCAAGUUUACCUCUUUGUAGAGCUUCCAGUCAGACUGGCUUAAAAACAGAUAUCAUAACCCAACUUGUUACAAAUAUGACAUUAUGCUUGUAUAACAUAUCAGUGUGGUUGCAAAUGCUUUAGAGCACAUGUAAGCUAGCAGAUGUGUUAGCAGACUUGAAAAUGCAGAAUAAUUGCUACAAAUAAUUUCUACAUCCUAACGUGUAAUUUUUUCCUUCUCUCUCUUUGUUUUAUUUACGUGUCAUUCCUCAGUGGACUGUGGUCAGGGAGGUAGCAUCUUGCGUAGACCCUUAGGUCUGGAAUCUAAAAUGUGAAAAUAGUUGGGAUUUAGUAAAGAAUAUUAUACAAUGUAUGUUUAUGCCAUUAUUUGCCUCCUACCACAUCACUCUUGAUUAAUUCUAAGGCCAAGUCAUUAAACUCUAUAUGCACAAAGAGCCAGGGUUCCUGCUGAUAUUCUUGUUUUGGUUGGUGAAUAUAUACCUGCGUUUGCCCCGUCACUUCGUUUGCCCCUCCCCUUUUCACUCUGUCAUAACAAUCUGUUUCUAAGUGCCAAAAGUUCCUGUUCGUGAAAGCACUGUAUUCUUCGCGAAUAUUAAAUGAGUGAACUACUCA